AUGGAACGAAUAAAAGACUUUCUACUCAUGGAAGAAGAAUUUAUUAAGAACCAAGAAAGGUUAAAAACAGACGAAGAACGUCAUGAGGAAGAAAGGUCAAAAGUAGAUGAUUUACGUGGCACACCUAUGUCAGUGGGAACUUUGGAAGAGAUAAUUGAUGACAAUCAUGUUGUUGUAUCAACAUCUGUUGGUAGUGAACACUAUGUUAGCAUAUUUUCUUUCGUCGAUAAGGGUAUGUUGGAGCCUGGAUGUUCUGUAUUAUUAAAUCACAAGGUUCAUGCUGUUGUCGGUGUUCUGACAGAUGAAACUGACCCUAUGGUGACAGUCAUAAAGCUAGAAAAAGCACCACAAGAAACUUAUGCGGAUAUUGGUGGGCUUGAUGUACAAAUUCAAGAAAUAAAAGAGUCGGUUGAACUACCUUUAACGCAUCCAGAACUUUAUGAAGAAAUGGGCAUUAUACCCCCAAAGGGUGUAAUUUUAUAUGGCGCACCUGAAACAGGUAAGACUGCCAGUUUAUCACAUGUUUUUAACGAAUGA